AUGAAAUGUGUUAAUCGAAUCAGAUUAAUUUUCCCUUCUCCUUUAGCUCAUGUUUUGCUAAUCUGUUUAUCUUCUUCAAUGAAUUUAGGGGUCAAAAUAUUCACAAGACUAAGGAAAAAUGCUUUUGCAAAUUUGAAAAAACAAUUAUGUUUCAGUCAUAAACAGUUUGCUUGCGAGCGAGCGGUAUGCGAGCAUGAAAUUGUGUUUUGCAUGAGAAUUUUGAAUGAAAACUGA